AUGUGCAGCACGAAAUCUCCCGGGAUCGAAUAUUGGGUAGAGGGUUCCCAGAGGCAUUCAGCCCUGAAGGAAUCCUACUAUGUUGGAAAAGAACUGGGAAGAGGUGCCACUUCGGUGGUGUAUGACUGCGAAGAUAAAAAGACGCACAUCAAGUAUGCUGCCAAGGUACUGAAGAAAACGGUCAACCAGAAAACCGUGAAAAGCGAAGUCAGUGUCUUGCUGAAGCUCUCACACCCAAAUAUUAUCAAACUCAAAGAGGUCAUUGAAACCCCUUCGGAGAUUGUCCUCAUCUUGGAACGUGUGACGGGUGGCGAGCUCUUUGACAGGAUUAUGGAGAAGGGGACCUACAGUGAGAAGGAUGCAGUGCAUGUGAUGAAGCAGAUCCUGGAAGCUGUCUCUUACUUGCAUGCAAACGGAGUGGUUCACCGAGACCUCAAACCUGAAAAUAUCCUGUUUGCGAACCUUUCCCCAAAUGCUCCUCUGAAAAUUGGGGAUUUUGGAUUAGCUAAGAUCUUGGACAAGGGCCAAGUCAUGAAUACUGUGUGUGGUACUGCAGGAUACUGUGCACCUGAGGUCAUCCAAGGAGCAUCCUACGGCCCUGAAGUGGACAUGUGGUCUCUGGGCGUCAUCCUGUACAUCUUGCUGUGUGGCUUUGAGCCCUUCUUUGACCCAAGAGGAGAUCCGUACAUCUUCACCCACGUCCUCAAGUGUGAUUAUGAGUUUACCUCUCCUUGGUGGGACGACAUAUCGCAAAGUGCCAAGGAUCUGAUUGGCAAGCUAAUUGUCUUGGACCCGAAGGAGAGGCUGACAAUCCAAGAAGUGCUUCAGCACCCCUGGAUCACGGGCAAGGAGACCGGGACGACUUUCCUGAGAGGCACUUUGCAAAGACUGCAGGAGUUCAACGGGCGGUUCAAGAUGAAGUCCCUGAUCAAAGCCAUGUCAGCCAUAACACGUCUGAGGAGCUUCUGCGAUGUGUCCAGACGCAGGAGCCCCUGGGCCCCCACCAGACUACCAUCCGAAUUUCUGGAAGAGAGGGUUGUCCGAGACGCCAAAGAGAAACCGGCUGCCAGCGCAAAGGCCCGUGCAUCCCGCAAGAAGUCUGACCGUUGCUCAGGUGGAGCGCACCCUGAGCCACAGGGUGCGACCGGUGGCUCCAACACCUAG